AUGGAUGAGCAUGUAGCAGCUUUGCACACUGCUACUAACGCUUUGCAGGCAUUAGGAAGGGGUUUUGAUGUUAAUUUUGAUACUAGGUUGCUUUAUUGUAAAGGUGUUUCAGGUUCUAGGGUGGUUGAGAUUGAUGAACAGUUUCAAAGGGAUUUGUGUUUGUAUGAUGAUGUUGUUGUUCCCAAGGUUUCAAGGGAUAUUAGAGCCUUUGGUGAAUCUAUGGGAAGGCAGAGUUCUGGUGUCUGCAGUUUUCAAGAGAUGGUAGAUUAUUUCAAUCAUAAGGCAGAUAUACCCGGGAGUAAUCCUCUCGGGAGCUUCAACUCUGCAUUUAGCUUUACUGGUUCAAAACAUGUUGAUGCUGCAGCUACAAAAACCUUGUCUUCUGACAUGUUUUACAUUCCCCUUGCAAAGGUUCAGCUUCAAAAAUCGAACUUAACGUUGCAAGAAAAUGUCAAAAGGGCUAUCCCGAUCAAUUGGGAUCCACCUUCCUUGGCAAGCUUCAUUGAAACUUUUGGGACACAUAUCAUUACAUCGAUAACUAUUGGCGGUAAAGAUGUUAUAUACGUCAAGCAACACCACACUUCACCUUUUUCAAAGUUGGAAAUAAAAAAUUAUAUUCAGGAUAUUGGAAAUCAAAGGUUCUCUGACAUCAAUAGCCACACAAGUUCAGGUCAAACAAAAUCCAAGGAUAAGGGCGUUGAACCGUUUUCAUUCAAUAGCCAAGGGAUUUACCCUCAACCUACAACUGCAACAUAUUAUACCGGGAAAGAAGAUGUCACAGUCAUAUUUAGAAGAAGAGGAGGUGACGAUUUGGAACAAAACCACCGUGUAUGGUUAACAACCGUCAAGUCCUCCCCCGAUAUAAUAGAGAUGGCUUUCUGUCCCAUAACAGAUCUCCUUGACGAUAUACCGGUCAAGGAGCAUUUGACUCGCACAAUUGGUCUUUAUCUUGAAUAUAAACCUCCAAUUGAAGAACUUAGAUACUUCCUAGAGUUUCAGAUUCUCCGUGUUUGGGCUCCUUUACAUGACAGGGUUGCCGGUCAACAACGGAAGGAACCUGUUUGCCCGUCUUUACAAUUCAGCAUAAUGGGACAAAAGCUAUAUGUCAGUCAAGAACAGAUUACAGUUGGACGUAGACCAGUAACCGGCUUACGUCUCUGUCUCGAAGGAAGCAAACAGAAUCGGCUGAGUGUGCAUAUUCAACACUUGGUAUCCCUUCCAAAGAUUCUCCAGCCAUAUUGGGACAGCCAUGUAGCUAUUGGUGCUCCGAAGUGGCAGGGACCCGAGGAACAAGAUAGCCGGUGGUUUGAACCGGUUAAGUGGAAGAAUUUUUCUCACGUCAGCACCGCGCCUAUCGAGAAUCCAGAAACCUUCAUUGGAGACUUCUCCGGCGUCUUCAUAGUCACUGGAGCACAGCUUGGAGUAUGGGAUUUCGGAUCACGGAACGUCCUUUACAUUAAGCUCUUAUAUUCAAGGUUACCCGGUUGCACCAUCAGAAGAUCACUUUGGGAUCACGUACCGAACACACCGCAAAAAACUGCAAUUUCCGGAAACUCUUCGAAUGCAGCCAACACAACGAGCUCAGGUUUGAGAGAAAACAACGCCACAACGAACAAGUUAGCGAAGUACGUUGAUUUGUCCGAAAUGAGCAAAGGACCUGAAGAUCCUCCUGGUCACUGGUUAGUUACUGGCGGAAAGCUCGGUGUCGAAAAAGGGAAAAUCGUUUUGCGGUUGAAAUACUCAUUGCUUAAUUACUGA